AUGGAUCAAUUCGACGAACAAGAUCUACUUUGGAGGGUUAUUCUUCGAAAGGUAUGUGACACAACAGAACAAGCUUGGAUUGCCCUUUAUUGGAUGUACCCGAUAAUGUUUAGUCCUCCACAAGGGUAUUGGUAUAUCUGGCGAGAAAUGGAUGAACCCCCUGGAUACUGGUCGGCUAUAUGCGUUCACCUGUUCAUGGUUCCUCGAUUGAUCAAGAAUACCUUUGGAAAACGGCGCCAAAAGUCCCCAGAUGAGAUGAUCUUAACUGCCUUGGCCAUCCACUUCACCGAAUUGUUGAUUUUAGUUCAUCAUACUUUCCGAGUUGACCUUGCUUAUAGCAUUACGUCAUACGUUACUACCACAAGUUGGUUGGCCAUUCAAAUCAAGUUGUUGAAGGCGCAACAACAAUUGGGCCCCCGUUUCUGGAUCCCCCGCAUGUUCCUCCCCAAACCAUACGAGUACCAACCCAUCCUCACCAUGUUGAACAUCAAGCAAGACUUUUGUUGGAGGGAAUUCAACACGAAAACGUCGAUGCAGCAGGUAUAA